AUGGCUCUAGGAUUUCCCGCCUCCUACUGUGCCGGAGGCUACGGCAAGAGUGACCUGACGGUCGAGAAGAAGCGCCGCGCGUUGUCGGAGGGCGCGGAACGCCGUGAGCUGCUGACCGACUAUAGCUAUGUGAAAGCGGAGCAGGACAAGAUCCGGAAAGCUCAGAUUACCAUGUUGGAAGAGCAGUUAGCUGACGAGUUGUCCAAGCGGAAAGCAGAAAGCAUGCGCUAUGAGCCACUCGGUUGUCGGAAGCUGCUGCAAGCUGGUGAUUUCGUAUGUUUUGGUCGUUGCUCGGAUGGUUUUAUCCCGAAGGUUUGUCGGACGCUGGACAGACUGGCCUGUCUGAUCCGUAGCCCGUAUCUCCCUCGAAGCAGUGAAGGGGUGCUGUUGCACCGCCUGAGGGAUUGGGUGGCCGAGGUGCAAGAUUUGGGAGAGCUUACACGUGGUGUAGUGCCUAAUCCAGUGGGCAUCUCUCCUGUGCCGGCGCCAGUGCCUGGACUUGUGAAGAGUGAGGAAGCAGAUCCACCUCCUCCUCCUGCAGGUCCGCCUCCCGUGGGGUUGAGCGCUAAGGCACCCCCGGCCGUGCCACCUGACGGGGCUGCCCCUGGUUCAGCAGUGGACAAAACUCCAGAGGGAGAAGGUUCUCCUGAGAAAGCUGUGGCCUCAUCAUCCAAGCCUACCAAGCCCAAGAAAGAGAAGAAAAAGAAGCAUCGUUCAAAGUCGCCCCAAAGGAGUAGAAAGUCAAAGAGGAGAUCUAGAAGCGGGAGGGGCCGUCAAGAGAGCCCUCCUAGACGCCUUGCAAGCCCAGUGCGGCCUACCGGGUCAAGAGCAGACGAGAGUUCAGACGAUCGAGAGGAGCUGAAGAGGAGGAAGUACGUGCCCCGCAGCCCUUCACGUCCACCUCCACAUCAUCGAGAUCAUCGACCUGCGCCUAGUGGGAGGCCUCUUGGUAGACGCUGGGAGGGACCUAUUCCAGCUCGUCGCAGAGAGCCGCCUCCUGGACAGGGGAAACACUAUCAGAAGAACAAGGGGGUGACCAAGCGGAAGCGUCGUGCCGACUACAACCGGCGGCCGGCAGCUGUGGUGCCUCCUGGUAGGGCUGGGGAGGACACCAUUGUGAGCGCUGACAUCACCCUGGCCCAAUGCAAAGGGUUGAAAGACAUCGAGGUGACCGAGGGCAGCUACUGGGAGGAACCCGUGAAGGCUGUUCUCCGCGUCAAGGAGGUUUUCUUCAAAGGGGAGGAGCUCCUCCUAAAAGCUCAGAUUUUGGGGACCCAGAGCGAGGGCUUCCUGAAAGCAGCUACAACGUGGAAAGACCGCAUGGUGGAGGUGCAUCUGUGCGGGGCGGGGUGUCCUGGGACUCCUCACGUGGAGGGAUAUCUCCAUGUGAAAGCGCUGCGGCGUCUGGGCGAUCUUCGAGAAGGCUGGAUGACCAAUCUAGUCCCCGAAGAAGGAGGGCCUCGAGAAGAAGACCAGCCGGCCGAUCUACGAGCCGACAUGGCGCAACUAGGAGGAGCCGCUGUUGGAGGUCAAGGAGCCGGCCGUGCAGAGGACGCCCUUCCAAUGAGGCCCAAAGAGAAGAAACGGAGCCGCAGUCGGCGUCGCAAGAAGAAGAGCGAGCUGAAGGUCGAGGCACGGAAGGAUGUGUCUCUCCUCCUGAGGCAUACGGGAGCAGACCCGGACCCUUCGGUUCGGAGGAAGUUCAGACGCAAGGCGGCCAAGUUGGCGCGACAGAAGAGGGCCCAUUCCAGCAGUUCGGACAGCAGCUCGUCAGGGAGCUCCCUGGAGGGGGCUCCUGGGGACAACACGCUCUUCGGAUCAGCGAGCAAAGUCCAGGUGAUAGGCCGUCGUCUGCCUGGCACUCUGGUGGCAGCUGCCAUCGAAGAGGCCUCAGAGUCCCUUAUCUCCCAAGAGGGAGGGACUUGGGAGACAGAUGUGGGGCCGCUUCCGGCCAUCUUCUCGAGGUACUACCGCCAACAACUUUCCUCGAGGAUGUCACCGGCUAUGGCACGCGAAACUCAGACGUUGUGCCAGGCGAUCGACUACCUCCUCAAGGGGAGGUGUGUAGAGGCUCUGGAUUUACUCUCUCAGAGAGUCAAAGCACUGGAAAUGCAGAUGACCGGUGUGCAUUUCACGGUUGCCCAGCAACAAGAGAUUUUGCCCAGGGAGAUGAGCGGCAUCUCUACGACUCCCGAAUUUCAGGAGGCCGCCAGGAGGGCGCGGGAGGAGGGCAAAGCUCGCCUGGAGGCGGCCAGGCCUUAUGGAGCCCGGGGUACUUCAACCAGCAAAGGCGAGGAGUGGACCAAGGGUGCAGGCAAGAAGGGGCAAGGCAAAGGGAAGACUUCAAAGGGCGAUCAGAGGUGUGAGGAGACAAGAGAUGAGGAUGCCUGGGUGUCACCCGGGAUGUGGCAUGAGGAGUGUGACGACUUUGUGGGGGAGAGGCCACUUCACGACUGGCAGAGCCUGAGGGGUCUGCGAUGCCAGGCCUUGGGCCGUUUCACCGCACAGAUGCUGGGCUUUUACCAGUUAGGCUUGAGGGCCUGCGAUCAGCAACAUCUGGGCCGUGUGCCGCGUACGAUGGUGGCCGACGUGGACUGGCCGGAGGUUCCCUCCUGCUUGUGCCCACCUGAGUUUCAGGGUGAGCCUUGCCACUUGGUGGCACGGGUCUUGCCCAUGGGGUUUCUAAACUCCGUUGGGCUGGCCCAACAUAUUCAUCGCAAUGUUGUUGGCUGGGCCUUGAAAAAGGCGGGAUCCGCUGGUGGCGGCGAGCGGGAGUUGCGACGGGAUCGCCCUCCUACGGUUUCCCGGGACCUGUUCCGGGUGUAUCUGGACAACUGGGACCAGAUUCGGAAGGUGGACCGUCUUCUGGCUGCCGAGAUUGAAGGGAAGCCUUCAGAAGAACAGCAGGCAAUGAGAUCAGAGUAUGCGGCCGUACAGCUGCCUCGUCAUCCAGGUAAGUCCGUAGAAGGGGCUUUGACAGCGGAGGUGCAGGGGGCUGUGAUUGAUGGCAACGCAGGAGUGGCGUAUGCCAAGCCUGAUAAAAUCCUGAAGUAUAUGGGACUUGCCUGGGAACUGGUCCACAGAGGUCGGGCUACACAGCGGGAAUUACAGGUCAUUGCGGGGGGGCUGGUCUACAUCUGCAUGUUCCGCAGGCCCCUCUUAUGUGGGUUGAAUGCCAUAUGGCGCCACAUUGAAACUCUGAAGGGGGACUCUGCAGUGGCCCGCCGCGCUGUCCCCUUGGAGGUAAAAGAGGAAGUCAUGCGUUUUCUGGCACUGGUACCACUGGCUCAGAUGGAUUUCCGGUUGCCCAUGGAGCCGCAGGUUACCGCUAGCGAUGCCUCAAUGUCAGGGGGUGGACUUUGCGCAACUGUGGGACUCACCUCCUAUGGGCUGUUGGCGCAAGCUGCACUGACCCGAGGGGAGACGGAAGAGCCCUUUGAGCUUACCGAGGUCCUGACCGUUGGGCUGUUCGACGGGAUUGGAGCUUUGCGAGUAGCGGCGGAACUGCUACACCUCCCGGUUGCUGGCCACAUAAGUGUGGAGUGCAAUGCUGCUGCAAAUAGGGUUGUAGAAGCCAGCUUCCCUGGGACUCGACAUGUCUCCUCCGUGGAAGGGGUGACAGCGGAAGAGGUCCAAACUUGGGCGUGCACAUACACCUCGGUCGGGGUGGUACUCCUCGGCGCUGGCCCUCCCUGUCAAGGGGUCAGCGGGCUGAAUGCAGAUAGAAAGGGGUCACAACGGGAUCUGCGCAGUGCACUCUACAAAGAGAUUUUCUUCAACCUGGGUGGUCUCUGCCUCCUGGACACCGAUUUCCUACGUUCACUACAGCUCGUCCUUCUCCUCGCCCUGGGAGGAGGCCUGCUGGCCUUCAGGGCUGCGACGCUGAGACUCGACAGCGAAUUGGUGAACCGUUGUGCGCCCGGUCAAGGGGUGCGUUUGCAGACAGUGCUCCAGCGUCCUCCUGUCCGUCGGGAGGUUAGCGGAGUAUACCCUGACUCUGGCCUAGCGCGGAGACUGUCAGGCUUGACCUCCACCAAGGGAGAGGACCUUCUCCUACAAGCGUCUUCAGAGACAUUGCUUGGUCAUCAACGGCUCCGUCAAACUAUCCCAGCUAAGUUGUGGAAGUGGAAGGAGAUCACCGGAUGGCAAUGGAGGGGCCGAAGCUCCAGUGUGAAGCUGCGGCGUACCAUCAUGCGCAUCAACUCUCUCUUAUUGGCGUCCAACCUUCAUCCAGUGUGGACCUAUGUCCACACCUCUUUGAACCCCGCGGACCGGCCCAGCCGUACCCUGAAAAGUCUCACUAUCCAACCUCGAACUAGAGCGCGCUAUGACAAAGCAAAACAGAAAUUCUAUGCUUAUUUGGAGCACAACCAGCUUCAACUCCCUACGUUAAGAGCCCACAUGGAUGGCAUCGUCUGUGAGUACCUGGAACACCUGUGGGCCACUGGCGAAGGCCGGGCGUUGGCAUCUGACACACUUGCAGCAUUGCAAGAUGCUAGCCCCAAACUACGUGGGUGUCUUCCGGGAGCUUGGAGGCUCCUGAAAGCAUGGCAUGUGAAUGAAAUCCCGAAUCGAGCCCCACCUUUUCCUGAGAAGGUCUUACAGUCAUUAGUUGGUUAUUUUGUGUUCCACCACAAGCCUGCAAUGGCUGUUUCUUUGUUGUUGGGUUUUUAUGGUAUGUUGAGGACUGGCGAACUUUUAGGCAUCCGUAACAGAGAUGUGACCAUCGAUGAGGCUAAGACUACUGCAAUUAUUUCUCUCGGUUAUACCAAGGGAGGUAAACGCUCUGGCGCAGCAGAGAGUGUGUCAGUGUCAGUGCUGGAAGUAGUUCGCCGUCUUUAUCAAUGGAAACAAGCUACACCUCCUGGUAGCCUUCUGACCCCAUCUCCUCAUACCUGGCGGAAAAUGUUCUCUGACGCUGUGAAAGCCCUCGAACUUUUAAAUUGGGAUUUCCGACCGUAUUCUUUACGGCGUGGUGGAGCUACUUUUUGGUUCAGUAAACACGGUUCUCUAGACCGCAUCUUGUUGCAGGGGCGAUGGAUGGCCGCCCGUACUGCACGUACUUAUUUAAAUGAAGGACUUGCGGUGCUAGCUGAGAUGCAAAUCCCACAGUCUAAGUUGCUUCCUUUUCACGGUGUAUAUGUAAAUGCUGUGCGGACUAAACUACCCGCUUGGUGA